GAAGGUGUAUGAGAUUUAAGCGUCAGUUUGCGAGUGUCGCUGUUGGGAUAAACGUCGGUAUGAGAGAGGGAAGCAAACAUUUGUGAAAUGAACACUCUAUUUAUUUAGCAAGGUCAUUUCACUGUCCCUACAUACGAAUUUACAUGAUAUUCAUUUGUGGGGAUUCCAUUAUUUGGAAAACGUAAAACAAAUUAAGCUGGAAAUAUUUCUGCUGUUUAAAUUUUAAGACAUAUAUAUACAUAUAUGAUCUAUUUAUGUCGCCCUGUUGCUAAUUUUCCCUAAUACCUGGAAGUGAAACCGUGCCUUUUUCUUUAUUUUUGGAGAUGACAUAGAAGACACGGAGGGAGUUUUCGUUUGUGAGUUUCUAACCCGGAGGCCAGUGAGAUUAGGGACAGCCGUCGUGAGGAGAUAUAAAUCUGCACGUGCUUCUUGGAGUCUUGAUUAAGUUUUAAUUUAUUGACGACCCACGGGCAGCCAUGACGUCAUCAUUGUAUAUAUGUGUUCUAUUCCUACUGGUAGGAAAGAGUUUGGCACUACCUCGAGUCAAACGCCAAGACGACUCUGUCAUAAGGAGGAAUCGUGUUUGUGGAAACAUAGCCGACUUAGCUUUUGUAAUAGACUCUUCGCGAAGUAUUGGGGAACCUGAAUUCAACAAAGAACUCAGAUUUGUGAGGGAAGUACUAAAAGAGUUUGAGCUUGGUAUAGACAAAACGCGGGUCGCCAUCGUUUCUUUUAGCAAUGUUGUUAAGACCGAGUUUAACUUUAAUCAGUAUUCAAAUGAAAACGAUAUCUUAAGUGCAGUGUCAAGAAUUCUAUAUGCCGCUGGUCCAGCAACAGUGACGUAUAGGGCGUUAAACCAGACAAGGCGAGGCGUGUUCAACCCAGGGUUCGGGGACCGCCCGGGGGUACCCAAUGUCGUCAUUGUAGUGACAGAUGGUGGCACGAACCCCGGGAGGGUUGAUCCGUAUACGAAAGAGGUGGGGAAAGCCCUUACCCUCGGGGAGGCUGAGGAGUUAAAAGUUAUGGGCUGUCACGUGUUCUCGAUAGGGGUAGGACCGCAUAUUGACCCAAGUGAACUUAUGGGUAUUGCAAGUAAACCGGAAGAGAAGUAUUACCUUCAGGUGGAUAAUUUCAACAAACUGAAUACGCGAGCUCUGACUGAAAUGGUUGCUUACAGGGCUUGUGAAGUGCAAGAUCCCCCUCCGCAGCCACUUUGCGAGGCCAGUCCCACCGAUAUUGUGUUCAUCCUGGACAAGUCCACGAGUCUUAGGACAUUAACCAACUACAUGGAAGAACUCAAUUUUGUCAUCGGCGUCAUUAAAAACCUCGCUAUUGGUCCCGAUCACAGUCAAGUAUCUGUGAUCACUUUCAGCACCGAAUCCAAAUUCGAGUUUCCACUUAACAGAUACCAGGAUGCCGAAAGUUUGAAGAGAGCGAUCAUGCAGCUACCUUGGAGUAAGGGUGACACCUACACUGACCUCGCCCUGAAGAGCAUGCUGGACGAAGCGUUCUCGCCAUCCAACGGCGCAAGAAGGGGCGUGGCUAAAAUUGGUGUCAUAGUAACCGAUGGCGCUUCGACUGAUCCCUACAAGACCGAGAAAAUGGCCGAGAGGAUCCACAGAAUUAGGAACAUCAACAUGUUUGCUAUCGGUGUUGGCGACGCAUUCAACAAAGAUGAAUUAGCUAUGAUUGCUUCAAAACCCGCGUCCAAGCACGUGUUCGAGGUCAAAGACGUCCAAGCUCUCUCAAUGAUCACUGGCCUUUUCACCGGUCGUUUCUGCCGACCUGCCACACCCAGACCGACCCCGCGUCCCACACCAGCUCCGAUCAAAGAUUGUCAAUACAGAGAUAUGGACGUCGUCUUCCUCCUCGACAAAUCAACAAGUCUUCAAACACAGACCAACUUCAAUAAGGAGCUUGUUUUCGUCAAUGACUUCCUGGAUGAAAUCAACAUCGAUUCCGGAUCCGCCCAAGUCGCAGUAAUGACAUUCAGCGACGACCCAAAGGUCGAAUUCCACCUAAACCGCUACAACAGCAAAUUUGGAGUCAAACAAGGUCUGCUUGGUGUCAAGUACACGUACGGCAACACUUACACAGACAGAGCUGUGAAGACCCUUGUUGACGACGUCCUAACUACCAGGAACGGGGCUCGCCCUGGAGUCAUCAAGGUCGUUAUCAUUGUCACAGACGGCAAGUCGACAGAUCCUUAUGCCCUCGCGGACCAGACCGCACGGCUGCACAGACAGUCCGCUACCGUUUUCGCCAUUGGUGUCGGCGAAGCAAUUGAUGCAUCAGAGCUACGUAUGAUGGCGUCCGAAUCGGACAAUGUGUUCAUGGUGGAUGAUCUCAACGCCCUCCAGAACAUCCGCUUACAGUUGGUGUCACGUGUCUGUGGAAAUGACCGAAACAAUUUCCCACUGGACCGUUUCCGCCUUGGACCAAGAGCCUAAGCAAGAACACCAGACGGCUCAGUGAGCACUCCUAGCUGACAAGAUUCAGUAAUUUUUUCAAAUUUGUAUUAUUUUGAUACAAUAACCAAAGCAAUGCAAAUAGUCAUUUUAAUGACUCGUGUUUAUACCAAACUUGCAUUUUAAGAAAUUCAGGUUAGAACGCAAAACGGGCAAAUAAUGUGUAAUAAUUAAUGAUAAAAUUACAUCGACGCCAUUUAAAAGCCAACUUGUGUUUUGAAAAUAUAAUUACAUAAUUUAAAAUUUAGGUUAUGACAUUGACGUAUUAUUUUUCUAAUAUUGGCUUUGAUAAAUGGUAUCGUAUUCUAAAACUGCAAAUUAAAUUGUAUAGAGGAAAUCAGUAUAGUUUUGUUUUGUUUUUAUAAGUAUUAUUUUUGAGUAUUUAUCUUAUGUAAAUGUAUUGAUAUAGUGCAUUCCACAUAUAAUUACAUUCCAUUAUAUAACAUAGUCUAUGUAAAAAAAGUAACUAGUGUACUUUAUGUCACUGAACAUUCCUUCUGGUUUUUUUCCCAAUUACACGAGUUACGGCGUUUUGAGAGAAACAUUUACAAAGAGUAGGAACACAUUUUUAAGAAACAUUUUUUAGUUUCAUAUCAUGUUUAGCUCAUAAAGAAUGUAUUUCUUUUCGUCUCUCACUCGACUGAUCAUGUUUUCACGGAAACCUGUCCCCCCACAACAACUGCAUUCUCUUGUUAGAUAAAGCCUCAUUUUGUCAUAGUAAAUGAACGUAUGUUUUCGUGAAACCUUUUAAGCAAGACAAUGCAUAUUGUAAAAUUGCAAAAUUGAUAUAAAUCUAGCUCAUACCCACUCAAUACUCUACCUCUUAUAGAUGCUGCCACGCUUGAUGUAGUGCUGCCGUAGUAAAACAUGGGGAUCAUACUAGUGCGAACAGUGAAAUUUGGUUAGUCUUGACGUUGUAUAGAAUACAAAACAACCCGGUUUAGUAGAAAGACAAAAUCCGAAUACCUUAACUAAAAGAAUCAUAUAGACAGUAGGUGUUUUUUCUGGAAUCGCUCGAUCUGUAUGUUGACGAGGCGGAAUAUUUGGAUUGUUCGUGAACGUCCUGUUACCAAAGUUUAUACGCCACAUUUGGAUUAAUAUUGACCAAGUUCUUACAUUUCCAUGUCAGUAUGCAUACCAAUAUGUGCUCAUCGACAAAAUCGGUGAUUAUUUGUAUAGAUUUGUGAAGAGGGUGUUUGGAUAACUGGGUUCCAUUGUAAUAGUGUGUAUUUUUUAUGUGUUUAUCGUCACAAUGUCAAAAUUAUCAAAUGAUCAGAUAAUAAGCACAAGAACCAUGAUGUGACAAAAAGUGAAAUUAUAAUUUUACAAUUUUUAAAUUGAAUUAUUUCGACUGAAAAACAUUGUCUUAAUUCAGCGUCAUUUACAGUCUAACUUACAGAGGAUACCAUUAUUCUUCAAGCUUCUUCUUCUUUUCUUCCGAAAAGAGCUGAGUUUAUCGUUGGCGUCCGCUAAGCUACACUAAAUAUACGAAAUUAGAUGACCACUAAAUAAACACGGAACAACGAGUCUGGAAAUGACAAAUAAAAGUUUCCUUUAAGGUCUUUAAAAAAUGCAAUUUUUAUAUUUUUGUAAUCUUUCGAGCUUAAAUAUUUCUCUGCAUGAAUUAGGACUAAAAGGUUGAUAUGUAUUUUUUUUCAAUGGUGCCAGUUUCUGUAACCGUGAGGAUUAGAUUGGGGAUCGUAUCGUAUUGUGAAAGUAAUAUCGUGAAUCGAAUUGUGAAGAUAAAAUUGAGAAAAGUAUCGUGUUGUGAAUGUUAUAUCUAGAUAUGAAUCGUUUUGUAAUGUUAUAUCAAGAAACGUGUCUAUAUUGAAGGUUAUACUGAGAUAGGUAUCAAUUUAAUGGUAUAUCGAGAAACGUAUCGUAUUGUGACUGUAAAAUAGAGAUCUGUUUCACAUCGUGGUGUUUAUAUCAAGAUAAGUAUCGUAUCGUGAAGGUUAUAUCGAUAUGAGUGGUAUCGUGAUGGUAUAUCAAGAUAUGUAUCGUAUCGAGGAGGUUAUAUCGAUAUAAAUCGGUUCGUGAUGCUAUAUUGAGUUAUGCAUAUUAGCGUUACGUUAAUAACAAGAAUAGUAUCGUAUCGUGUGAGGUAUAUCAAGAAACGUGUAGUAUCGUCAGUUAUAUCUAGAUGUGUAUCGUAUCGUAAAAGUUUUAUCGAGAAAUAUGUCGUUCGGGUUAUAUCGAAUAUGGCUCGCUUCGUGAACCAUUGCUGGUACGUAAUGUUAACUAUAUAUGAAAUGAUAUAUUGAUAGCUUUAACGUGAAUACUAAAUAUGUACAAUACUUCUAUAUUUAGAAUUUUCACAAUCCAACUUUUUUAGUUGGUAUCGUGUAUUAUGUUACUGUUUAAAGAGCCCGCGUGUAAAACGAGAUAUUUUUCAGUUAUUUUGGUAUCAUACUUUGAUGUAUAAAUUAAUUUCUUAUCAUUCAAUAUGCUUUGUGUGAGAUGAAUCUUGGACAAACAUAUGUUACAUUUUACCAAAUUUUAUGAAAAAAAUCAUUGGUAUCAAUUUAAUUAUCAAGAUAAAAAUUAAAUACUUGUUUGUUUAAAGUUGUUCAUCAAUAUAAAUAGUGCUGAGUAAUGCGUUGCAUAAUGUUUUCUCAAAUCGCAUGCGUAUGUUCAUAAACGGCUGUCAAACUGUCAACAUAAUGGGAAACGUUUUUUGUAAUGUAAGAUGGUACUAACUUUCAAUUACUUUAUGACAAAUUGUAAACAUAUAUAGCCAUGAUUUAUAUAUUACUCAACAAUUAAUUCAUAUAAUGUUCAGAUUUUUAUUUUCAUUGACCUCCAAAAAUUGUGUUACAAUAUAAUGUUAUUAAUAAAGAUUCCUCUUUUAUUUGAUUUUAAACAAAGCAUUCCUCGGAACGAAUUCAGUAUAUACGAUAAAAAUAGGUAAUUAUUAAUGAAUGUCUUAGAGAGUUGCUUCAAGCUAAAGUACAUCAGUAGACUUUUAACGACAGUCCCCUUUAUUGAUGUAAUAUAUAUAUAUACUAUGUAUAAUAGUAUAAUUAUCUUUUGAAUGACGUCUUUGUUUUGCAACCAUACAUCUGAAUUACAUAAAAAUAUUGAGGAAUUCGCUCUUUAAAUGUUGAAAUAUAUGUGUUGAAAUUUACAUUUUAUCUGAUCAGCACACUAAAUGAAAAAUAAACCAUUAUUUUAUUAAACUACUUGUUAUAUUUUGCAUAGAUAGAAAGUAUGCUAUAAAGUUAAUGCAUCUGCUUAUGAAAAGUCUGGUUGGAUAACAAAGGCCUCUGCUAACAAUGUAUAUAUAUAUAUAUAACGUAUUUUGUUCAUGUUUGAUUAAUAUGUCAUUAAUAUUAAUGGUGUAUCAUUAUAUUUUGUAAAUGUAUGUCAAAUAAUAAAAUGCAGUAGCAUUCUAUAACAUAA